UGACCACCCAAACCCUCACCCUUUUCUUCUCCUUCCUCUCUCUCUCUCUCUCUCUCUCUCUCUCUCUGCUGGUAGUGUCCAACAAAAGCUUUCCAACCUAAAAAUCUCUCAAAUCUCCCAUUCUGCUGCAAUCUGCACAAGCUCUCUGUCUAUUCUCUCUUACUCUCUCUGCUCUGGGACGACACAUCCUUUGAUUCACUCUCUCUCCCCCGAUCUUCUCGUCGUACUUCGUGACUUAUCGACAGUCCGAUGGCUCAGGACAAGCUCGAUCUCCCCGAUGAUCUCCUCUCAUCCAAACUGUCCGAUCAGUCUUUGACCUCCAAAGUGGAAACUUCCGGAGGAAGCGAUGAGGCAAAGGUGAUCAUUGGAUUACUUGAGGAGUCAAAAGAUCAAACAGCAUCAGAAGGCAACAUUCCUUUGUCUCCCCAAUGGCUGUAUGCUAAAACAAGUGAGACUAAGACGGAAAUGCGUGCACUGAGCUCCAUGUCACUUGGAAAUGCAGCUGACAUCAAUCAGAAGGAGGGUUCGCGUUCUGAAGGACCUGAUGACAAGAAAGAUUUUAGAAAAAUUAUUACUGAGACAGAAAGUGGCCGCCGCUGGCGUGAAGAAGAAAGGGAAACUGGUUUGCUUGGUAGAAGAGAUCGGAGGAAAAUGGAGCGUCGUGUUGACAGUGUGUCGGGAAGAGAACCUACUGAAAAUAUAUCUUUGCCCACCUCUGAUAGGUGGCAUGACAUUAGUAACCGUAGUUCUGGGCUUGAAGCGAGGCGUGAUAUCAAAUGGUCAUCUAGGUGGGGUCCUCAAGACAAGGAGAAGGAAACUCGGACUGAGAAGAGGACAGAUGUAGAGAAGGAAGAUAUCCACUAUGACAAUCAAUCAUUUGUUGGUAGCAGCCGUGCAGUUACCGAGCGUGAUUCAGAUUCUCGUGAUAAGUGGAGGCCACGCCAUAGAAUGGGGGGAAAUUCUGUUGGGCCAGGUUCUUUCCGAACUGCACCUGGAUUUGGACUCGAGAGAGGACGUGUGGAGAGUUCAAAUGUGGGGUUUACUUUGGGACGUGGAAGAUCUAGUGUAAGGCCUCCAUUUUCAGGUCCCAUUGGUGCAUCUCAUUUUGACAAGAAUGAAAGUGUCCUUGGGAAGCCAAGCCUGUUACCUGAUACAUUUAUCUAUCCAAGGGGGAAGCUUCUUGACAUUUACCGUAUGCAAAAGCUGGAUCCAUCUUUUGUGAACAUACCUGACAAUCUUGAGGAAGUACCUGAUGUAACAUGUCUAACCAUCAUUGAACCAUUAGCUUUUGUCUCUCCUGAUAUUGAAGAGGAGGCUGUCCUCGGCGAGAUAUGGCAUGGAAAAAUCACCAGUAGUGGGGUGUCGUACAAUUCAGUUAGAAAGGCCAGAUCAACUGAUAAUGAUGUCGGAGACUUAGAACUCACCAAUGCAAAACCAAGUGUACUCCCCACAGUUAUCCCUGAGGAGACAGUUGAUAUUGAAAAAGCUGCAAAUGAAAAUGGUCAUCAAGCUGAUAUUGAUAGCAUCUUUUGUGACAAUGGUCCGAAGAUGUACUUGGAUGGGGUAGAGGUUAGUCGUGUUAGGGAACAAAACGUUCCCGAGUCUCUGAUGGGGCCGAACACAGAUGAAGCUAUGUCAAAAAUGUCGAGAAGUAACGAUGUCAGCAUUACACAGGAGAUUGGCAGUGCUCACCAUGAUGUUUCUCAGUCCAUAGUUGCAGAUUGUACUGCUACCAAACAUCCUGUGUUCCAUACCAUCGAGUCUCUUGUUGCUUUUGAUACCAGUACCAAGCUUCCUGAUGAUUUGCACCCUCGAUGUGUGCUGCCAUCUUCUGAGCAGUGCUGGACUGGCCAUUUACAGCCCUUAGAGGGCAAUAUCAAUGAAAAGCAGUUUGAAAGGCAGAUACAACCUGAGGAGCUAAGUUUGUUUUACCGUGAUCCUCAAGGGGAGAUCCAGGGACCAUUUCUUGGGGUUGACAUCAUUUCAUGGUUUGAACAAGGGUUUUUUGGUACAGAUUUGCCAGUCCGCUUGGCAGAUGCUCCAGAAGAAAUACCUUUUCAAGAUUUGGGUGAGGUCAUGCCACAUUUGAUAGUUAAAUGUGGGUAUUCCAGUAGCGCCAAUUUAAGUUCUAAGGUAGAAGAGUCUAAAUUUUUUGAGGCAAAGCUGGAAGAUAAUAUACCUGCUUCUGUUCCUGUUUCUGCCUCUGAAAUCAUUUAUUCAGUUGCAUCUGAUGGCUGGCAGCCGUCUGAGUUUGAUGGUCCCUCUGCACAGUAUGUUCAGUCGAGAACAUCUGAGCCUGAAGGUCCAUUGCAACUCCCAUCUUCUGAGGGUCAAAGCUUUCAUGAUUUUGUUGCUGAAGAUGAAGAAAUUGUGUUUCCAGGAAGACCUGGCAGUAAUGGCAAUCCUAUUGGGCAGACUCCUAUGGGCAUUGUCAGUUCUUUUUCAAGUGAAUUGACAGACCCUGGCAUGCCAAUUCUGCAAGAUAAUAGAUUGCAUCCUCUCGGCUUGUUAUGGUCUGAGCUUGAAGGCUCUUAUACAAGGAAUGCCCAGUCAUCAAAUACACCUUUCAGCAGUGGCGUUCAGAAUCAACCUAUGGGCCCUAUAGCUGGAAGGGUUGCCCCUUAUGGUGCAAGGGCUGAUUCAGCUAAUGCUGCAGGGACACUGCCUGAUGUUUAUAGGAGAAAUACACUCCUGGACCCCAACUUCUAUGAAGAUGCUAUGGACUCUCACCAGUUGUCACGCAUGGAUCAAGAUUCCAAACGUUUUGAUUUAGCCGAGAAACGGUUAUCCCAACAGUUGCAACAACAGCAUCUCCAGCAGCAUAAUCUGUUAUCUCCUCAUUCCCACUUAAAUGAAACGAUGCUUGAACAAUUGCAAGGUCGGAAUUCUGUUCACCAACAACAAUUGGCCAGUCAGAAAGGGCAAGAUCUAGAACAUCUUUUGGCACUUCAGAUGCAACAGCAGAGGCAUCUUCAGCUUCAACAGCAUCAAUUGCAGCAACAGCAAAAGUUUCAUCAACAACAACUGCUAUUGAGGGAACAACGGCAGUCCGAGGCUCAACAGGUGCUUCUUGAACAAUUGCUGCAGAGCCAUAUGCGUGAGCCUGGCCGCGGGCAGUCACAUGUUGAUACUACUAGAUCCAACAAUGCUCUUGAUCAGAUUUUAUUAAAGCAGCACAUUCAAAAUGAACUCCAACAAUAUUCCCAUCAUCCUCCAAGGCAUGCUGACCCAUCCCUUGAGCAUCUCUUUCAAGGGAAAUUUGGACAAAUGACACACCAUGGUGAUCAAAGUGAUUUAUUUGAGCUCCUAUCACACGCCAAGCAUGGCCAGAGGCAGUCAUUGGAACAACAGUUCCUUCCGCAGGAACAGUUGCAGGCAAGGCAGUUGCCAAUGGGAUUGAGGCAGAGGAUGGAAAUGGAGGAAGAUAGGCUAAUUGGUUCUGUCUGGCCUGUUGAUGAAACCAAUCAGUUUCUUCGAACUCCUGCUGGUGCUCACCGAAUUAAUUCUGCAGGGUUUGGUCCAUUAGAUUUCUACCAGCAGCGUCAGAGAUUAUCUCCUGAGGAGCGUGUUGGUCAUCUUGAACGGAAUCUAUCAUUCCAGGAUCGACUCCAGCGAGGUCUUUAUGACCCUGGCUUACUUCCAUCUGAGCGCUCAAUGUCAUUACCUGUAGGUGAGCCAGGAAUGAACCUUGAUGUUGUGAAUUCCAUAGCUCGUGCACAAGGUUUAGAUAUGCAAGAACCAACUGCUGGUCAAGUGGCUGGGUUCUCCUCUGGUGUCUACCCUCAUCUCUCUCACCACCCUGUAGUUCCCAACCAGUUUCAUGCCUCACAUCUGGAUGCAGUGGAGGGACACUUUUCUGAGAGCAAUGGAUUGCUACAAAAUGACUGGAUGGAAUCCAGGAUUCAACAAUUGCAUCUUACUAAUGAGAGGCAGAAAAGGGAGGCAGAAGUCAGAAGGACUUCUGAAGAUCCGAGUUUAUGGAUGUCGGCUGGAACAAAUGAUGACAGUUCAAAGAGGUUGCUUAUGGAACUGCUUCAUUGGAAAUCAGGCCGUCAGGCUACUGAGAUGUUAGAUGUGAAUGACGGAGUAUCCCAUGAAAUAAGGGCACCUUCUGGUCCCUAUUCUGGGGCAAGCUCUUCGAAUCUUUCUUUCAGUCUUCUCUCAGAUCAAGAAGCAGGUCUGAGCCACCCAUUUGCUGUGGGGUCUUAUGGUUCGAAUUCUGGUGGACCAUCACUGGUUCAUAUAGGCAAUGAGAUAUCGAGUGGUUUGGAAAGUGGUGAAAGAUUGCUCCUUAGAUCUAAUUCUGGUGCACUAAAUGAAGGAGACUCAUUUUUUUCUGGCGUUAAUGAAACCCCUCAGGCAACUCACACAAACCCCAAUAUGAUGGCCAAACCAUCUGUGGAACGUGACUUCUUGGAUAUGCAGGGAAUAAAGCGAGGAUUGAAGAGUGAAGGUGGUAUGAUUCAGGGGCUAGCGUCCGAUACUCAAGGACUCAGGGCUGAGCAGGUGAUGUUCGCUGCUGUAGACCGUGGGGACAUGCCACCUGAUGUCAUCAGCCGGCAUAAUUCAAUUGGCACUGCUGGUGGGAAUGCAGGCUUCUACAAUGACAAAAUUGGACAACGUAGUCCUUUUCUAGAAGAGAUUGCUAAGGACCGGGUGCCAGCUAUACAAUCUAAAAGGCCAGAGAAUAUUUUACUGAAACGUCCUCCUGUUUCACAGACAUCGUCAUCCCAGGAAGGGUUGUCUGACCCGGCCUCUGACCCAGUCAUCAGGGGGAAAAACCCUCCGAGUAUGUUACCUUCAGAAGGAAGAAGAAGGGACACAGGAGGAAAUUCAGCAGACCAAGUCUCUGAUAUUAUGCCAUCUGGGAAGAAAGAUCUGCGUUUCAGACAUACCCCUUCUCUAGGUGAUACUGAUGUCUCAGAGACAUCAUUCAGUGAUAUGCUUAAAAGCAAUGCUAAGAAGGCAGCACUGCCAGAUGGUCAAGCAGCUGCUUUGGAUUCAUCAGAUGGAACACAAGGAGGCAAAAGUGGCAAAAAGAAAGGAAAGAAAGGGAAACAAAUUGAUCCUGCUCUUCUUGGGUUCAAGGUUACAAGUAAUCGCAUAAUGAUGGGUGAGAUCCAACACAUAGACGAGUAAUGAUUAGCAUAGGUUCUUAUCAUUUGUACAGGUUCCCUUUGGUGUAAAGCUUUUCGAAAUGAGUCUUCUUUUUGUUUGAUUUUACCCCAUCUGCAUCUCGUUUGUUAUGAUGUAGGGGUGAUAGAGAGGCUGGUGUAGCCGUGUAGAUAUAGAAAUCAAAGCCAAUUAGAGGGGUAAGGUGGUCAGUAAAACUUGUAUAGGCUAAUGAUUUUUUAAGAACAGAUGAAUCAAUGCAAAGAAUCAUACAUGCGAAUAAUUUGCCUCCACUGGGUUUCAAAUGUACCAUCACAACAUUCUUCAUGCGAAUUGUUUGACAGGACAGGAAAUAAAGUUAUUGUGGUUGCGUCGUUAUUGUUUUUCAUUCACUCGAGAGUAGAUGGGUUCAAUGUAGAACUUCCCCUGCCGUUCAGAUAGUUAAUAUUUUUGAGAGAUGGUCUGUUUGAAGUUAGAUGAUGAUUCCAGAAG